AUGGGUGCUGAUGUUGGUCGUAUUGACUUGAACGAUCAUUCCCAAGGAGGUUCAUUUGCCUCGAGAUCCGCCGAUAAUGAGGAAGAUGAGUCCCAGCUAUCAAUUCACCCUCGGCACUGGUUAAAGGCGAUUGAAGCCUUUGACCUCCCCCGCCUAACCUACAACGUCGACAAGAAAUAUUUCGAGACCCUCAAGUCAAAGCCGACAUUGUUCCCACCCCCGUCACACAAAACUGCCCUGUUCAGAGACAGGUAUAACCUGGUCUAUCAGAGAUUGCUUCGCAACGAGUCUUUCCAAAGCUCGUUGGGAAUCGCAGGUGUUCCUUCACUGCAGCGAUCUUCCUCGAAUCUCGCAACGGGACAAUCGUACAAAUUAACGCCGAUUGCAAACCUGCUCGGCCGGAGCGGUACAUCCCAUCUCCUUUUGGGACUCUUGACAACAUCACCAACCGGUGAUUUAUCACUGGUAGACUUGACCGGGACCGUGUCUCUCGAUCUGAGCCAUGCAAGAAUGAUCCCGGAAGACGGAGCUUGGUUCGCACCGGGCAUGAUCGUGCUAGUCGAUGGUAUCUACGAAGAGGAAGAAAUGAUCAAGGGAUCUGUCCUGGGCGGCAACACUGGCGUGGGCGGUUCCAUCGGCGGCCAUUUUGUCGGAGUAUCUAUCUGCGGCCCACCAUGCGAGAGAAGAGAUAUUUCUCUUGGAACCGGGAACCGCCAAGGUAGCGGAGAGCUCAGUUCAAGCGGCGGAUUCGGCUGGGUUGACUUUCUAGGAAUUGGCAGCGAGCGUGCCCAGGGUGCUCGUAUGAGGAGAAUUCAAGAAAAGUGCCUUCAGGGCGAGCGGGAACAAGAAUCUCAAACGGAGACCUCAGCACCGCCGAGAUUGAAAGUCGCUGUGAUGAGCGAGGUCAAUCUCGACAACAUGAGAACUCUCGAUGCGCUACGCAAAGUCUUCAGUUCCUACAAUGACCUAGCCCUCCAUGAACGCCCCCAGACUUUCGUCCUGAUAGGCAACUUCGUGCAAACAGCCGUCAUUAAUGGAGGUGGACGAGCAGGGAGCAUCGAAUACAAGGAAUACUUCGAUUCCCUCGCUGUCGUGUUGUCCGACUUCCCUGCUUUACUCCAACACUCAACAUUCGUCUUUGUCCCCGGCGACAAUGACCCCUGGGCCGCUGCCUUCUCCGGAGGCGCAGCAUCAACAAUACCACGCCAUCCAAUCCCAGAACUAUUCACAUCUCGAAUCAAACGCGCCUUCGCAACCGCCAAUGCAGAGCUAGAUCGAUCACACCAGAACUCAACCCCCGCACCACCAGGCGAAGCCUUCUGGACCUCAAACCCAGCUCGUCUAUCAUGGUUCGGACCCGUCCACGACAUCGCCAUAUUCCGAGACGAUAUAUCCAGCCGUCUCCGACGAACAGCAAUAAACACCAAGACAGACGAAGACGAGCCCGAACCCGACACUACAAUGCACGAAGCCCUAGAAAACGACACAGUCACCACCGAGCCCGAAUCUGUACCCGCAGCCGCAAACAAACCCGACACAACAUCCCCCGCCGCAACGAUGGCGCGACGAUUAGUCAAAACAGUCCUUGACCAAGGCACACUUGCCCCAUUCCCACUGACCAUGAGACCGGUUCUUUGGGACCACGCCUCAGCCAUUCAACUGUAUCCACUACCGACGGCUCUGAUCCUAGCUGAUGCCGAGGCUAGUCCCUUCUGUAUGACCUAUGAGGGAUGUCAUGUUAUGAAUCCCGGACGAUUGCUUCCUGAGGGUGCGGUGCCGACUGUUAGAUGGAUUGAGUAUGAUGUUUUGCGGAAUCGGGGGAAGGUUAGAGAGGACCGGUACUAA